AUGAAUUUCUUCACUCUAAUCUUUUUAGCUCUUACAGCUGUUGUAGCAAAUUCUGCAAAGAUCCCAAUUCGGGCUCAGUACCCAUCUACUUCUGGCCUCAAGUUCACCAUUGAUGGCAAUGCUACUUAUUUCGCCGGUACAAAUUCGUAUUGGAUUAGUUUCCUUACGAAUGAUGCCGAUGUGGACCUGGUAAUGAGCCACUUGAAUACUGCGAAUCUGAAAGUUCUGAGAGUCUGGGGAUUCAACGACAUAAACAAAGCGACUUCGGAAGUUUGGUAUCAGUCCCUUAUUCCUGGUCAACAACCAAAGAUCAAUACAGGCGCCAAUGGUCUCCAACGUCUCGACGCAGUCGUCCGAGCCGCCGAAAAACACGGCAUCAAACUGAUCAUCCCCUUCGUAAACAACUGGUCCGACUAUGGCGGAAUUCCAGCCUAUAACACAUAUUUCAACACCACAUCAACGACAUGGUUCACCAAUACCGCCGCACAGGCUCAAUACCGUAAAUACAUCAAGGCGGUCGUGUCUCGCUACAAGACCUCAGAAGCAAUCUUUGCCUGGGAGCUUGGAAACGAACCGCGUUGUCAAGGUUGUGUGACUAGUGUUAUCACGAAUUGGGCAAAGGGUGUAAGUGCCUAUAUUAAGAGUCUGGAUUCUAGACAUAUGGUGACGCUUGGAGAUGAAGGGUGGUUGAAUGGAGGUGGUGAUGGAACCUAUCCAUAUACUACUUGGGAAGGUGUUGAUUUCGAAGCGGUCUUGAAGCUUCCGAACAUUGACUUUGGAACUUUCCAUCUCUACCCGAUAAGUUGGGGAAUCACCACAGAUCAUGCUGCCUGGGGCAAAGCAUGGUUCGCAAACCACGGUGAUAUUUGCGCAAAAGUUGGGAAACCAUGUCUUGCGGAGGAAUUCGGUGCUACCACCAACAAAACUGGUAUCCUUCCUAUCUGGCAACGACAAGCUUUGGAUCAUCCGGCGAUUGGUGGUGAUAUGUAUUGGCAAUACGGUGACAAAUUAAGUUAUGGCAAUACUCACGAUGACGGAUAUACGAUUUAUUAUGGCAGUGAUGUCUUCAAGACCUUGAUGCUGGGACAUGCGGCCGAUAUCCAAAGCGCGGGGAGUAACUGA